AUGUCUGACCAACCUGACCCCAUCGCCAUCAUAGGAUGCUCUUGUCGACUCCCAGGGAACGUCCGCAAUGCGACUAAUUUCUGGACGCUACUAUCAAGUGGUCAAUGGGAAGAAUGCAGCACAGAACCACCUAUAUCCCGAGGAUUCGACAGGAUGCACCCGGAGAGCGUUGGCUAUAUCAAGCACGGGGGUUGGUUGGGCCCAGAGGGAGUCGAAGAUUUCGACGCGAAGUUCUUUGGCAUACCGCCUGGCGAAGCAGAGGUCCUUAGGCCUAACAGUCGGAUAGCUCUAGAGUUGACAUGGGAAGCCCUCGAGAAUGCAGGCAUCCAGCCCAGUGCGCUGAGAGGUAAGAACGUAUCGGUGUCCAUCGCCAUGGGCGCUGAAGACGGUUGGGAUUUGCGGCGAUUUGCCGAAGACGGCCGUGAGGCCUUCGACCAUAAUUGGGCGCAGAACAGCGAUCCCAGUGCUGUGGCGGGACGCGUCUCGCAUUUCUUCGACUUCCAUGGCGCCAUCGGGACAGUUUCGGGAGCUUGUGCAAGCGGGGUGAACGCUUUAGAAUAUGGGACCAAUUCGUUUGUUGCACAAGGGGCCGAGCUCGCCGUUGUGGGUGCACUGGCCACUCACUUUACCCCGGCACCAUUUCUAUGGGCUUCGUCCGUCGGAGUUGCCUCUUGUCGGGGGAGGUGCUCUGCAUUUUCAGAUCAGGCAGACGGUUACCUUCCUUCGGAGGGCGCGGUUUUCUUCAUUCUGAAGAAAGCAGCACAAGCAAGGUGCAAUGGAGACUGCAUUUACGCCUUGAUACCGAGUAUCACUCUGCGACAUAACGGGUUCACUCAGACUCUAACCAGCCCCAGUGCGGAUAGACAAGCCUCUCAGCUCAGAGAAUCAUUAUCUGCAGCUAACAUUUCGGCGGGAGAUGUGGUGUUACACGAAGCUCACGGCACGGGCACGAUACUCGGCGAUAUGAUUGAGCUUGAAGCCAUCAAAAAUGUCUACAACGUCAGUCGGGAAGAUCCACUGUAUCUCACAUCUUCUAAGACGAUUGUGGGGCACUGUCAAGCGGCUGCAGCCCUGGUCGGAGUUCUGAAGGUCAUAUUGUGCAUCGUGCACCGCACGAUUCCUCCGCAUCACAUUGAGCCUUACCCAGACCUCAAGGACGGCAUUAUUCGAGUUCCUAUCAGGCCCAUUUGUGUUGGAAAUGACCGUCCAUUCAUUGCCACCGUUAGCGCCCUCGGGUUCACCGGUGGUGCUGGAAGUAUCGUGCUACAAGAACCACCACGACCGUCGGUGGCGAGUCUACCGUCAUACAGGCACUAUCUUCUACCCUUCUCUGGAAAAACAAAGGCGGCGCUCCGCACGUCCAUGGACUCUGUGGGCCAUUGGAUAAAGACAUGUGACUGCAGUAUUCAAGAGCUAUCCGUUAUUCUCUCUCUCACGCGGGAACAUCACCGAGAACGAAAGGCAUUUGUAGUGCAAAGCCUCCGUGAGGCGCUGGCGUGUCUUGGCUUGACUGCACCCGGCGGCUCCUUGAUCUGUACGCGUGCUGAUGAUUCAGGGGGGUAUGGCUCAGAGUGCUCUGAUGCUCCAGACAUUAGGGAGCUUGCUUCAUCGUCUUCACACCCCCUGGCUACACUCGCCUAUAUGUAUGAAACUGGACGCGAUUUGGAUUUCUCACUUGCGUACUGCAGGAGUAUGAUCCCAGCACAUUUAUUGCGUAGUUUCCCCACCUAUCCUUUUGAGAGGGAGCGGUAUUGGCGUUAUCCCCCGUCACGUCCAAAACCCGAGGUCGCUGGGUUCUCGCUCCCAAGCCCCGUCUCGGUAUCCUGUCCUGACAGUGAUGCGACAGGACGAGAUUCGGACUCUAACACGUCUCACCUUUCUGUCCAGUCUGUCUCAGCCAUCGUCUCCAAGCUGCUCCACCAGGAAAUGGUCGAAAUUGACCCAAGGGCCAGCGUAUUCGACUUGGGAAUAAAUUCGCUGAGCAGUAUAGAACUCGCCCAAUCUCUGUCCAGAGGGUUCUCGCGCACUAUCAGCGUAGGCGACCUCUACAGGCUUAGCACCAUAUCUUCUAUCUACGACUUCCUCGUUGGUCGGUCAGGGUACUCUUCCGUCUGUACCCAGGGGCAUCUGGAUGCUCUGAUAGAGAAGUUCUCCGCACCUUUCAGGCACUUCCCUCAAGACGCACACCGACGUCCCAACAGAGAAUCGGAAACGACGAUCGUGUUGACAGGUGCGACUGGGUUCCUUGGCUCUCGCAUUCUUUCUCGACUCCUGCGCAUGCAGUCCGUAAAGGUGGUAUGCCCGGUCCGUGGUAGCCACCCAGCACGAUUAGAUCAAGUCUUCGGGGCUCGAGGCCUCGACAGAGACGUUUUGCAGCACGCUUUGCAGCAUGGCACCCUGCGCGUGGUAACAACUUCAGGUCUAGGCGAUCCCCUCCUCGGGUGCUCGGACGAAGUGCAUCAAAACAUCUUGGGCUCCGUGGAUGUGAUCAUUCAUUGCGCCUGGAAAGUUGACUUCAACCACCACCUGCCAGGAUUCGAAGCGGACUUAGCCGGGGUACGAUCACUGGCCGAAGUCGCAGUUCGAAGCAGAAAGACACCCAAAUUGUACUUUAUCACGAGUUUCAGCGCAUCUUUUGGUUACGAAGGCGUCUCGGUCCCAGAGGUUCCAUUGGACUGCAAGAUUGGUCACGCAUUGUCCCAGGGGUACGCUGUAUCCAAGCUAGCAGCUGAGUACAUCCUGUACGGUUUACGUGACCGUUACCCCGGACGCUUUGCACUGGGCAUAGUCCGAGUAGGUCAAAUCUGCGGUGAUUCCAGGAGCGGCGGUUGGAAUACCAAUGAGAUGAUACCGAUGGUCUUGCGUUCAAUCUUUGCCUUGGGCAUGGUUCCAAGGGCUCUACCUGAUGUCUCAUGGGUUCCUGUCGACGUGUGUGCGGAUGCAAUCUGCGAUUUUGUCAGUGAUGCCCUCUGCGAGCGAAGGCAGGCACUAAUGGUCUACAACGUGGCUAAUCCCGAAAUCGUUGCAUGGCCAACGGUUGUUCGGUAUGCAGCAAGUGCCCUGGACUGCCCCAUGCCUCGUAUGGUGGACCUCGGCGAGUACAUCAAAGCCCUUGAAGCCUUUGAAAAAUCACUCAAUGCGGACGAACUCCUUGUCCGUCGAUUGCUUCCAUCAUUGAAGGAAGCUGCAACCACUUCAGGUUUCCCGUCGAGAUACUGUCCUCUGGAUGUUCGCGAGUCACUUAAGUUCAGCCCAUCCCUAUCCAACUGUCCAGUGAUAGAUGAGGAGUUUGUCAGGUUGCUCAUGCACAAUAUGAGCGGCGUCUCUGUCGAGGUAUGUCAAGGUUCUCCGCAAGCACUUGUUGGUAGCGAUACCGUUAGUGGCGUUCAGUAUGCAUUCGUGUUUGGUCCUUGGGCAGGUACCGUCACGAGCUGGCCCUCAGACCUUGCUUACAAUCGGAUUUUGGAACGGCUCUUUGCUCGUGCGGAACAAGAACGUUCAGAGCCGUGCAUAACUGAUGAUAGAACUCACGGCACCACACAGAAUGCCCUCCAGUUCCAAUUGCGUGCGCUAGCCUAUCAGCUAUUUAACGUCGAAAGACUCAGCAGGACUGGAAUACGACCGUCACUCGUGACAGGCUAUUGCUUUGGUGAAUUCGCCGCGGCAAUUAUUGGUGGUCGUGCCAGCGAGGCGGAUGUGGUGAAGGUCUUAGUUCAACGAGAUCUGGCUAUUCGAACCAGCCGGCACAAGAAAACCGUUCGAGAUAUCUCCUUGGAUGCUGAUGGAGGACGAGAGGACACGGCCGCAAUGUUGAAUGUAUUCCUCUCCGCCGCCAUCGUCCAGCGGCACCUCAUCCUUAUUGGCGCGGAGCUCGAUAUAGCCAUCCACGCAGGACCCAUGCACACAAUUAUAUCUGGUUGCCCCGCAGCAAUCUCCCGUGCAGAGGCUUAUUUUCUCGCCCGACAGCUUCCAUGCAAAUUGAUAGCAACUGAUAUACCGUUCCAUUCCAAGCAGAUGAACGGCGCUGUCGAUCUGCUUCGGCAGUUGCUGGGCGAAGCACGUCCCGUUAGUUCCUCAGACAAGUGCAUCUACCUAUCCGGGUUGACCGGAAAUGUGCUGUCGAAAGGUUCCCUAGCGAUGGCUUACUGGAUGCGGCACAUGCGGGAGCCUGUGCGCUUCUCAGAAUGUAUGCAAGUACUUCAUCGCAUGAGGCAUUCAGAAAGUGGCUCUGCGUCAACAGCAGGCUGGACAUUCGUUGACAUGGGGCCCGGUAUGGCUCUGACGAGUAUCGUAGGAAGAUACCAGUGGGAGGACUUCCAGUUGGUGUCAGUGGAUCAAUGUCUUCACCAUUCACAUCCCCUCGAUAAACUCUCUCCUCUAAUCAGACACACUAGAGAUGACCCACCGCCUAAGACGGCAGAACCAGCGAUAUCGCUCUCCCGGUCAAAUUCCUUGCAAGAUCCGAUGCUCUGCGAGUCUAAUACCCCUGCGAGUCGUACGCUCCAGACGGGCUUGCGCAUGGUGAAGAGCCUCGGUACCCAUCUACACACAGACGUCCAUGAACUAAAGAUCCCGAGUCCUCCUUUGACUGCCGCCCCUUUGCCGGUGGAGAACAACGACACCCUCAAGUCCGCCUUCCUUUCAACCAUGUCUGAUCUUUUUCGUUACGCUCCCGAGUCUGAUAGAACAUUACUCCGAGGGACGUUCAUCGGUCUCGGGAUCGAUUCUCUGAGCUUCGUACGCCUUUCGCAGGCGCUGAGGGACAAAACAGGACGGACGCUCCCUGCGUCGGCAUAUACGUCUGGGGCUUGUAUCGAGGACAUUUUACGUAACUUGUAG